AUGGCUGUUUCUUUCCAUGGUCGUUCUAACAGCGUCCCCUCUAUACAACACCCACAAGCUGCUCAUAUCGAUGAGCAAUUGACCCGAUUGAGAUCUUCUGAGGCAGCCUCUUCGUCUUCCAGCUCUUUUAUUUACCAAAGACUAAGCAACCUUCAAGAUUUACAUGAUUCCCUUGUCAAGCUGCUUCGCCUAUCCAUCAGCAACCAGGCUUUAUCUCAAGAUCAGAUAGAGAAGCUUCUUGAUGGAUCCCUCAGGAUCUUGGAUUUGUGCAACGUCGCCAAGGACGCUUUUUCACAGAUGAAGGAAGGUCUCAAGGAGAUCCAAUCUAUUCUACGUAGAAAGCGUGGAGAUUUAUCCGCAGAGGUCAAGAAAUACUUAGCCAUAAGAAAGUUCAUGAAGAAGUCAUUCCAAAAAGUACUCAAGAAUUUGAAAGUGUUCCAAAACAAAGAUAAUACCGAUGAAUCUUUGGUUGUGUUUAGAGAAGCAGAAGCCGUAACAAUUGCUCUGUUUGAAUCUCUAUUUAGCUUCAUGUCCGGAUCAAAGGCUUGUGUAAAAUGGCCAUUGGUCUCAAAGCUGAUGAGCCAGAACAAAUCUACGUGUGAAGCAGAAGCAAACGAAUUCACAAGAGUGGAUUUUGAGUUCCAAUCCGAGAAGUCACUGAAGAUGGAAGAUGUGCAGAUCCUAGAGUCGUGCAUUCAAGAUCUUGAAGAUGGAAUUGAAUCACUAUCAAAGUCAUUGAUCAAAUACAGAGUCUCACUUCUUAACAUCUUAUAA